UUAUUAAAACAAUUAUUACUAUAAUUUCGUGAAUCAAAAAGUCGAAUUAGUCUGACUUUAUCGAUAAUCUUGAUAAGAGUGGUAUAGAUCAAAAGAUCUUGGCCUGACAUUGACAAGGACAAACGUAGUAAUUCUAUAACUUUUUCAUAUUUACCGAAAUUUUAAGUGUAUUUUUAUCUAUUUUUAUAUAAGAAAAGUUUUUAUUGAGAACACAAUUUUUAAAUACAGAGCUUCAAAUAUGAGCUUAACCGUAGAAAUAGUUAAAACAAUACCAUAUCCAGAUCAAAAACCAGGAACUAGUGGCUUACGGAAGAAAGUUAGUGUGUUUCAAAAAGAAAAUUAUACUGAAAAUUUUAUACAAUCUAUAUUAGAUGCAAAUGGAGAAGCGAUUGUUGGUUCGACUUUAGUUGUUGGUGGUGAUGGAAGAUAUUUUUUAGAAGAAGCCGUAGCUAUCAUAGCUAAAAUUGCAGCUGCUAACAAGGUGUCCAAAUUAAUUGUAGGACAAAAUGGUAUAUUUUCAACACCAGCGUGUUCACACAUUAUUCGAAAAUAUAAAUUAUUAGGUGGAAUACUUUUAACUGCUUCACAUAAUCCUGGUGGCCCAACGGAAGAUUUCGGCAUUAAAUUUAACUGUUCAAAUGGUGGCCCAGCUCCAGAUGCUGUUACAGAAGAAAUAUUUAGUUUAUCGAAAAAAAUUGAGUCGUAUAAAAUAGUGAACGGCUUGAAUGUGUCAUUAUCCACAAUUGGAAAACAAAGUUUUGAUAUACAUCAAAGUGAUGGCUAA